GAUGACGUAACUGUGCCAGGGAUUUAUCAGCUAAGCAGAAAAUGAGCUUAACAUCCUGGUUUUUGGUGAGCAGUGGAGGCACCCGGCAUAGGCUGCCACGAGAAAUGAUUUUUGUUGGAAGAGAUGACUGUGAGCUGAUGUUACAGUCACGGAGUGUGGACAAGCAACAUGCUGUACUUAACUAUGAUGCCUCUACGGAUGAACACUUGGUGAAGGAUUUGGGCAGCUUGAAUGGGACAUUUGUGAAUGAUGUAAGGAUUCCAGAACAGACAUACAUCACUCUGAAGUUAGAAGAUAAAUUGAGAUUUGGAUAUGAUACUAAUCUUUUUACUGUUGUCAGGGGAGAGAUGAGAGUCCCUGAAGAAGCACUUAAGCAUGAAAAAUUCACAAGCCAACUCCAGUUAUCCCAAAAGUCUUCAGAGGCAGAAGGAUCGAAGCAAAGCAGCUCCAAAAGCCCGGAGUCCAAGGUAACAGACUCCACAGCUGAAGUGCACCACAAAACUACAGAAGCACUGAAAUCUGAAGAAAAAUCAAUGGAUCUUUCUGCCAUGCCUCGUGGGACACCGUUGUAUGGACAGCCAGCCUGGUGGGGUGACGAUGAAGCUGAUGAUAAAAGUGUCUGUAAACCAGAUAGCAAGCAUGAAGAAAAAACGCAUGAGGCAGGGGCUUCAGGAGGCAGCACAGAUGCCAAGCAAGCUGAGGAGCAGUCUGCAUCUGCAAGUGAAGAACUUUAUCCUUUCUGUAGGGAGCCAAGUUAUUUUGAAAUCCCUACCAAAGAAUUCCAGCAAGCUUCACAGGUAGCAGAGAGCACUAUUCAUGAAAUUCCAACAAAAGACACCCAAAGCUCCCAUGCAGCAGCCACAGGGCAUGCUUCCUUUACCAUUGAAUUUGACGACAACACUCCUGGAAAAGUGAAGAUCAAAGAUCACGUGACAAAAUUCACAUCGGAACAGCGUCACAAGUCAAAAAAACCUUCUUCCUCCAGUGGUCAGGACCUGCCUGGGCUUCAAACAGUGAUGAUGGCUGCAGAGAGCAAAGUAGCAGAUUGGCUAGCGCAGAACAAUCCUCCCAGAAUGAUAUGGGAACCAACAGAGGAGGACUCCAAAAGUAUUAAGAGUGACGUUCCAGUGUACUUGAAGAGGCUGAAAGGGAAUAAGCAUGAUGAUGGUACACAAAGUGAUUCAGAAAAUAUUGGUGCACACCGGCAUUACAGUAAACGGGCAGCACUUGAAGAGCACUUAAGACAUCAUCAUACAGAGCUGAAAAAGUCACACCAGAAAGUCCAUUCCACAGAAAAGCAGCAAGAGCAAGGCAGUUUGAGUCAGACUGCCUUUAUGAUUGAGUUUUUUGAUGAAGACCAUCCUCGAAAGAGACGUUCUUACUCUUUUUCUCAGAAUGUAGGAGCUCUGUGCCCAGAAUCUCCAUCUCCAACACCUCACACACGAGCUGAAAAAGUGAAACCUACAUCAGGAGAGAAAGCAGUCCCUUCAUCUGUGCAAACCAGCUCAUCACAUCACAGAGCAGUACAUGGUGUUCAUGCCAAACUUCUAAAACAAAAAUCAGAAGAACCCUCUGCUGCAUUACCUGCCUUACAAGCUGUGUUGUUAAGGAGUUCGGGAAGUCUUGGCCAUAGGCCUAAUCAGAACCAGGAGAUGGACAAAAAGUUGAAAAGCCAGCAUAUUUCUGUCGCUACUGAAAAGGACAAUGAGGAUGACCAGAGUGACAAAGGUACUUACACUAUUGAGUUGGAAAAUCCCAAUUCUGAAGAAAUGGAAGCCCGUAAAAUGAUUGACAAGGUAUUUGGAGUGGAUGACAGCCAGGAUUAUAAUAGGCCUGUUAUCAACGAGAACCAGAAAGAUUUAGUAAAAGAUUGGGCUAUAAAUUCUGCUACAGUAGUGCUGGAAGAAAAAAGACCACUGAGUACAACUGGAUUUCUUGACACAGAGGAAUGUUCUACUAAUCCUGGAGGUAAACGAUGGGUAUCACAGUGGGCCAGUUUGGCUGCUAAUCACACACGUCAUGAUGAAGAUGACAUGAGAUUGGAGUCAUCUGUGCCUGCUCCAUUAGAAAAUGACACAGACAUCAGUGAGUCUGGUAUUUCUGUUAGAAGCGCUGGUUCAGCUGCUUCUAUGACCAGCCAAGGUGAGCGAAAGAGGAGGACACUUCCUCAGCUUCCCAAAGAGGAGAAAGUGAAUGAAAACUCAAAAUCAAAAGCUACAUCUCAUCAGAGGUCAGAAAUAGGUGAAAAGCAAGACACUGAACUUCAGGAGAAAGAAACUCCAGGUCAUACCUCAGAUGCAAAGUCAACCAGAACAAUGAAUGGUCUUUCACCCAGAGCUAAUGGAGACAAAGUUUUUUCUUUUCCCAGCUCUUCCAGUAAAGAGAGAGUUGAAACUGGCAGAGAAACUUCUGUGGUGAAACAAGCUUUAGCAAAAAUUCAACAACAAGAAAGAAAGGAACAAGGACACUGGACACCCACAAAAUUAUCCUCUACAAAAUCUGCUGUAAAUCAGGUUGAGAAAGGUAGGGAGGAGACUGUUACGUCACCUAAAACUUUGGAUAAUCAAGACAAUCCUCCUGGACAUGUUACAGAUAAAGCAGAAAUUAAGUUGGCACAGAUUGAGGGCAGAAGAAGAAAAAAUGAGGAAAUUAUUAGAGGACACAGCCCUAAAACACCUGGAGGAGAAAAAAAGGAAUCUUCAAAACCGUUAGUGAGACAAGGGAGCUUUACAAUAGAUAAGCCUAGCACAAAUAUACCUAUAGAACUUAUUCCUCACAUUAAUAAGCAAAGUGGAUCUGCUGCCCCUUUAGUAUCUGCAAACAGGAUACGUGACAGAAGUGAUUCAAUGGACACUGAUUCCAGUCUAGAUACAACACUCAUUUUAAAAGACACAGAAGCUGUGAUGGCUUUCCUUGAAGCUAAAUUGCGUGAAGAAAAUAAAACUGAUGAAGGUCCUGACACUCCUAGUUAUAACAGAGAUAAUUCCAUAUCACCAGAAUCAGAUGUCGAUACAGCCAGCACAAUCAGUCUCGUUACUGGUGACACUGAAAGAAAAUCCACGCAGAAGCGGAAGAGCUUUACAACCUUAUAUAAAGAUAGAUGUUCCACUGGUUCCCCUUCAAAGGAUGUUUUAAAAUCUUCUACAGCAAGUGCCAGGGAAAAGAUGGAAAAGAAAACUAAAAGUCGAUCUUCAGAUGGUGGGUCUAGAGCUGAUGCUCGCAAAACUGUGCAGUCCAGUGGAAGAAUGAGACAACCAUCAGUAGAUUUAACAGAUGAUGACCAAACAUCUAGUGUACCUCAUUCUGCUAUUUCUGAUAUCUUAUCAUCUGACCAGGAAACCUACUCUGGCAAAUCACAUGGAAGAGUUCCUUUUGCCUCAGCAGAUGAACUUUUACAUUCCAAGAUGGAAGGAAAGUCAACUAAGUCAAAAAGCUCUCCUGUUGCACUUGGUCAAUCUAGUAAAUCUACCACUCUUCCAAGACCUCGUCCCACAAGGACUUCUCUCUUGCGCAGAGCACGGCUUGGUGAAGUCUCAGAUAGCGAGCUUGCUGAUGCCGAUAAGGCUUCAGUGGCUUCCGAAGUGUCCACUACAAGUUCUACGUCAAAACCUCCAUCAGGGAGGAGAAAUAUUUCCAGAAUAGACUUACUUGCUCAACCUCGCAGAAAUCGACUUGGCUCUUUAUCAGCACGUAGUGAUUCUGAAGCAACAAUAACUAGAAGCACUGCCUCAUCUCGUACCCCAGAAGCUAUUAUCAGAAGUGGUUCAAGGUUGCUAGCAGGAGGAGAUGGCGGUAAAGUUUCUGCUAGAACUCGAGCCAAUAGCAUUUCUCGACUUUCGGAUUCAAAAUCCAAAUCCUUGGCUUCAGCACAUAAUUCUCCCUCAGUAAGUGCAAGAUGGAGGCGCUUUCCUACAGAUUAUGCUUCCACCUCAGAAGAUGAAUUCGGAUCAAACCGUAAUUCCCCUAAACAUACCCGUCUACGUACCUCUCCAGCCCUGAAAACCACACGACUGCAGAGCUCUGGGACAGCAGCUCAAAGUAGCAAUACAUUCAAGCACAGAAUAAAGGAACAGGAAGACUACAUUCGUGACUGGACAGCUCACCGAGAAGAGAUAGCAAGGAUCAGUCAAGAUCUGGCUCUCAUCGCACGGGAAAUCAACGAUGUAGCAGGAGAGAUAGAUUCAGUGACUUCAUCAGGCACUGCCCCCAGUACCACAGUAAGCACUGCUGCCACCACCCCUGGCUCUGCCAUAGACACUAGAGAAGAGUUGGUGGACCGCGUAUUUGAUGAAAGUCUCAAUUUCAGAAAAAUCCCUCCAGUAGUGCAUUCGAAACCACCAGAGGGGAAUGGUCGGCCUAGUGAUGCUAGACCUCAGCUAACAGAUGCCCUCGAUCCCCCGACAAUUACCCGGAGAAGGACUUGGAGCAGAGAUGAAGUUAUGGGGGACAGUUUGCUGUUGUCCUCAGUCUUCCAGUUUUCUCGCAAGAUAAGACAAUCCAUAGACAAAACAGCUGGCAAAAUCAGAAUAUUAUUUAAAGACAAAGAUAGAAAUUGGGAAGAAAUUGAAAACAAGUUGCGAGCUGAAAGUGAAGUUCCUAUUGUGAAAACAUCAAGCAUGGAAAUAUCAUCAAUCUUACAGGAACUGAAACGAGUCGAGAAACAGCUGCAAGCAAUUAAUGCUAUGAUUGACCCUGAUGGUACCCUGGAUGCUUUGAGCAACUUGGGAUUCAGCAGCCCCAUCUUACCAGCUCAGCCGAAGCCGAAGUCCAGUCCUGUUUCCCAAGGUACCCGCGCUCAAGCGCAGCCAAACUGCCAGCCCGAAGCUCGGGCUGUUCGACCUGCCACCGUCCCUGUUGCACCUGAAUUUGAAAAUGCUGAAUCUGAGGCAGAUUUCAGCAUACAUUUCAAUAGGUUUAACCCAGACGGGGAAGAGGAAGAUGCCACCCUGCGUGAGUGACAUCUCGGUGUUUGAUACAAAAACCUUUCAUGUGGAAUGUUUAGAAAUCAAGGAAAAAUUAUAAUAUUGGUUUUUAUAAUU